AUGGCCGAAACACCUGAACAAUUAGCAGCUAGAGUGAGGGUACUUGAGCAGUUGUCGCAAAACAUAGGACUAUUAGUGCAAAACCAAGCUAACAAUAUGAACAAUGGACAUGAUGACCCCCAAGCUGUCAUGGCUAAGAAGAUUGCCACUUUAAAACCCCCUACCUUUGUUGGAAAAGAGGACCCUAUGCUAUUAGAGAAUUGGUUACGUGACAUGGAGAAAAUCUUUACUGCAAAUGGAACACCUGAGGCCCAAAAGGUUAAUCAAGCUACGUUUUACCUACGUGAGGAUGCUGACACAUGGUGGGAAACUGAGGGACAAACCAUUAGUAACCAACCAAACUUUGACUGGGAUUCUUUUAAGGUUGCUAUUAGAGGUCGAUUCUUCCCUGAACAUAUUAGGAGACAAAAAUGCAGUGAAUUCAAUAGGUUGAACCAAGGGAAGUUUAUGAGUGUCAAGGAAUAUGCCCAAAAGUUUAAUGAGUAUGCUAAGUUUUGCCCUAACAUGGUCCCUGAUGAAGUUUCUAAGGCACAAAAAUUUGAGGAUGGUUUAGCUUUCAGGAUACAAACUAGGUUAGGAGGAAGUACCUCAUCUACCCUUGCAGAGGCUUAUUCUAAGGCUUGUAACAUGGAGAGGAUCUUACAAAGAGAAGAAGAUGUGUUGGAAAGGAACAAGAGGAAAGACCAAAGCAAUGCUGAUAGUCAAAGUAAUGAUAAAAGACCUCGUUUUGGUAACAAUGGGGGUAAUGGUAGGAACAAUCACCACGGAGGAGGACAUAACGAUAGGAAUUACCGAAACCCUAGGCAGAAUGAAAACCAGCAAAGGAAUGGCAACCAGAGGGCUUGGGUUUGCAAGAAAUGUGAGAAGAGUCAUUCGGGCUAUACGUGUCAAGGCGAACCAAUUAAAUGUUAUGCUUGUGGCGAAGCGGGACAUAAGGCUAAUUAUUGCCCCAAGAGGCAAGAAGGAAACCAAUAA